AUGCAGUUCUCCCACGCUCUGAUUGCCCUCGUUGCCGCCAGCCUGGCCAACGCUCAGCUCCCCGAUGUCCCCUCGUGCUCGCUUAACUGCUUCGUCAGCGCUUUGACCACCGAUGGUUGCUCGGCCUUGACCGACUUUGCCUGCCAUUGCCAGAAGACCUCGCUGGUCAGCAACAUCACUCCUUGCGUCCAGAAGGCCUGUGACGUUGCCGACCAGAUCUCCGUCUCGAACGCCGUCGUCGCCCAGUGCAAGUCCGCCGGCCACCCCAUCGUGGUUCCUCCCAUUGAGACCACCACCUCCAAGACCUCUGCUACCUCUGAGAGCUCUGCCACCGAGACCUCCUCUGGCUCCAAGACCACUGCCACUGGAACUGGCUCCGGCUCCAGCUCUGCCUCUGCCACCGAGACUGGCUCUGCUACCAACACUGGCUCUGCCACUGGUACUGGUGCCACCACUGCUGGCACCUCCACCCCUCUGGCCAGCAAGACUAGCGGUGGCUCCGGCGGCUCUGGCGCUGCCACCACCUCCCCCGCUUUCAACGGUGCCUCCGGUGUCAAGGGUAACAUGGCUGGUGUUGCCGCCAUUGCUGCUGCCGCUGCUUACAUCCUGUAA